AGGGUUUCAAAGAAAAUGCAGUCUUUAGAUGUUUGUAAAAGAACAUCAGGAAAAAUUUGGCACAGAAAACCAACUCCAUCAACAGAUAAUGGGUUAAUGGUUUCAAUAACCAACAGUCAGUCUGGACCUUUGUCACAAAAUGGCAGGAGUAUAAGGUUUUUACACACAUCAUUUGAUAACACUGGAGAUUGCUUCAUAGCCGGAGAUCACCAAGGAAACAUUUUUUUAUUUGAUCUCAACAAAAACAGGUUUGCUCUGACACAGAAAUGUGGCCAUCCCUGUACAGCACUAGCCUACAACUUGCGCAGAAAAACAGAAUUCCUUGUAGGGUUAUCAGACUACUCAUUGAAAUGUUUUGAUACAGAUACAAAAGAAAUGGUAGCCUGGAUGAAAGGUCAUGAAUCUGCCAUCAGUAGCAUAUCAGUCCAUGCCUCUGGUAGAUAUGCCCUCACAACUUCCUUUGAUGUUGCACAGCUUUGGGAUUUAGACACCUUUCAGCGCAAACGAAAACUGAAUAUCAAAGAGGAUGUUGGUAUUGUGCAGGUGUUUUUCCUGCCCCUGAGUAACACCAUCAUCACAGGUUUUAAGGAUGAUACAAUAUUUGGAUGGGAGUCUGACACCCUGAACUGUAAAUACCAGCUCCCUGUUCCUCCUGGCAAAUCCCCCCACUAUAAGGCAUAUGCUCCUACAAGGGAUGGAAGACUGUUAGCAGCUGGAGGUAGAUCCCGGUUUAUUCAUCUUUGGGAUUUAGACACUCAUAGACUCCUUAGGAUUAUAGAGUUACCGAUUAAAGUCACUACCGUCAAACAACUAGUGUUUCUACCUGAUAACUUUGAUGCAGGAGCUAGUCAGACAUUGGGGGUGUUAAGCCAGGAUGGAAUUAUUCGAUUUAUCAAUAUCAACACUUGUAAGCUUUUAUUUGAUGUGGGAGGGGUUGAGAAUAGGAUUAACAAUGUGACGGUCAGUCCUGGGGGGCGGUAUUUAGUGGCCAUCAUGGAGGAUGGAAGCUUACAUGUCUACAAUCUACACACCAUGUCUGAUGAACUCAGCAAGCCACCGGCUCCUCUGGUCAAAGUGGUCACCAACAACAAGAUGUCAGAGACAAUGUCCACUGAGAGGUCAUCUAUACUCAAGAAAAACCGGUCAAUGUCAGCUCCAGCCAGGGGCAAAGAAAACCGAGAGGAGUCAGAUAUAGAGAAGGAGCUUCCAGAAACUUUAAAUGCAGAGAGAUUAAAGGCCAUAUUAAAGGGUUAUGGAGAAUACCCAGCCAAAUACCGAAUGUUCAUUUGGAGAUCUAUUCUACGAUUACCAGAGAACCACACAGCGUAUGCUGCUCUUGUUGACAAAGGCACACAUCCAGCAUAUGCUAAAAUUCAUGAAGACUACCCUGUCAAAAGCAGAAAACUGUUACGCAUCUUGCAGAGGAUAUUAUCUGCCCUGGCUCACUGGUCCCCGAUUUUUGGAGAAACCCAGUACCUUCCUGUUUUAGCAUUUCCAUUUGUCAAACUGUUUCAGAAUAACCAUCUUGUUUGUUUUGAAAUCUUAGCAACAUUUAUGGUAAACUGGGGAGAGCACUGGUUUGAGUAUUUUCCUAAUCCACCCAUCAACAUUUUAGCCAUGAUUGAAAAUGUCCUAGCUCAUCAUGAUAAAUACCUUCUACAGCACUUUGUUAAGUACGGAGUCACAUCACAGAUCUACGCGUGGCCAUUACUGGAGACUCUGUUCUCUGAGGUCCUGACACGAGAUGAGUGGCUGAUGUUGUUUGAUAAUGUCUUUACUAACCAUCCUUCCUUUCUACUGAUGGUGGUGGUCGCUUAUGCCAUGUCAGCCCGGGGGCCACUGAUGCAGUGUGUAGAACUGGAUGACUUCAGAUAUUUCUACCACCAUCGUAAUGCUGUGGAUGUACGGCGAGUUAUAAAGGAAGCCUACAGACUGAUGGAGGCCACUCCAGAGGAUAUCCAUCCGCGGGGCUCCCUAGAGGAUUUCCGACCUCUUACCGUGGGGCAGUAUCCAGUGUUUAAUAAGUAUCCCAAGUUCAUUGUGGACUACCAAGUACAGGAAAGAGAGAGAAUCAGGCAGGAGGAACUAGAUUACAUGAGGCAAAGACAAGUGUCCCUCGAGAUGCAGAAGGAGACAGUGAAGAGACAGCAGGAGGAGGAGGCCUGGUACAGACAACAACAGCUCCUCCUCGAGGCUGAGGAGAAGAGGAGACACAUGAUUCAGACUGAGGAGCAGAAACUAGUGGACCAGAGAAAGAGACUGUAUGCGAUGAACAGGGAAGUGAAACUGAAGGAGCUUCAGCUGUUGGAUGCUGCCAGGAGGAAGUUUCUCCAUUUCCAAAAGCAGCAGCGAGAGUCUGAGCUCAAACGUCUGGAUGAUGAAGUACAGAGAAAGGCAUUACUGAGAGACCAAGAAACUGAAACUGCAUUAGAGGAAGCAGAAAUUAGAAACCUGGAGCUCCAACUUCAGAAAAAAAUGUUUGAACAGGAGCUGUUCAGGGACUUUGCCACCGCAGGACAGCAGCUAAGAACAGAACAAGACAUGCACAGAAAGCAAGCCGAACUGGAAGAACGGAUCCAACAGCGACUGAGAGAUGCAGAGAGGGAGAGACAGGUGGAAAUCCGCAAGCAAUUGCAAGAAAACUUAGCAAAGGCAGCACAACAGAACAUAGAAGCUUGGGCACAAAAUGAGUUUGAGUACCGUCGGAGAGUGGAGGACUUAGAAAGAGAGACCAAGAGUGUACAGCUUUCAAAGACAAACAGUCAGAACAGACAGCUCGAGAGGGAAGUCCAUGAUCUGAUGCUUCAGUGUCAGGAGAAAAGGGAAAGAGAUGUAGAGGAUAAGCAGGAAGAGCUGGAGGAACAGAAGCAGCAGGCUACCAAAGCCGAUAAACGACGACUGGAGUUUGUGGAGGAUGAGGCUAGGAAUGCUCAGGAACACGGCAAGUCCAUGACGGAGGAUGUAUUGUACGCAACCAGGAAACAAAGGCUUGGUCAGUCAUACCUUAACAACACAUCUCAGUCCUCAGCCUGGAACACUCUCCAAACAUCCACAGACCCCGAGUCAUCUGUGUCACUAGAGAGGAGUAGUCGUACAUUUGACAAACAGGAGCUAGCUCUCCUAAAUGAAGUCAGACGACUCCGACAGAAACUAGCUAUAGAAAACAGGAAUAAAAAACCACCUGUCAAUUAUGACUCUACAUAAAAAUACUUUAGAAUCAUUGUAAAAAUUCAUUGUGUCAGAAAACACUUGUUAUUUAUUAAUUAUUAGUAUAUAUAGUUGCUCUGUGUAUCUGUGA